AAUCCAUGGAGAUAUGGUAAUGCCAAGGUUUGAAAACUGUCUAAUCCCUCUUCGUAAACUUGAUAUUUUGAUGAACAACGGGUCUUGAAAAGUUUUAGUUCAUGGAUGCAAUCAGUCUUAAUGACGAAGUUUGCUUAACUAAGAGUCCGAGAAAGUCGAGUGCGUCAAGUACAAGAAGCUGCCCUGUAACCGAGAGAUGCAGACAAGAACUGGAAGAUUAUGAUAUCGAGUUUGAUGUCAGGCCUCCGAGUGGUACAAACCAUCAGCAACCAGGAAAGCACUUGAGCAUAGACACGAGAUUUUCAGAACUUAGCCUUGAAAAUUCCUCAUUAGUUGCUGAAAGUGAAAGAGAUCAAUCCAGGUUACCGAAAAGUUUAUCCACCUCUCGAAACAGAAUCAGACACAGCAGAGUGCAGGUCCCAAAAGGAAAUUUUUACAUCACUUCUCCUUUUAAACAAGGGCCAGAGAAAGAUGUGAAAGGACCAGUUUUGGUCAUUGAUCCUAGUCUUGAAUUGAAGCAGCGGACCACUGCUGGAGUUGAAAAGAUUAGGAAGCAGCUGGAAAGGACAAAACGCACUAGAAAUAUGAUUCUUCCUCCUGCACAGUUACAAAGAGGUCACCUUAAGGCGCUUGGGCGGCCUAUGACAGCCUCUGGUCCUCUCGUGAACAAUUGUCAAGGAAUUGUGGCUGGUGCACGACGGUAUCAUAGUUUUGCAAGAAGGCAGACCAGCCCUUCACUAGAGCGUGUCAAGUCCUCUAGAGUGUUCUCAACUUCGGACACAGCCUUACCUGCCGCUGCACGGCUUAGAAGUCCUAGUCAGUUAUGGCGCCCAGAAAGUUCCAUUCAUAACACUUCCUGUGCAUCGUCUGUCAACGAGAGUAACCGCCACAGUGAUAGUAGUUUUUCUGAAGAUGGACUUAGUGAUGACAGCAUUGAUGUGGAAAAUCAAGCUGAACAAGUGACGGGAUUUAACCAGGAUGAGAAUGAAACUGAGGAAAAGCUGCUUUCCCCUAUAAAUAAGAACGAAACUCUUGCUAGUGGUUGUAAACCUUAUUUUGAUGACACAAAAAAAGAACACUCAGACGACGACAGCGAUGAAGGAGAAGGUCGAUGGGCACGACAGAAUCUUCUUCCUGCUGAUUCCACCUAUGAAGUUGAUCGAGAGCGAAGUAAUAACUCUGACUGUUUCCGAAAGGCAAGCGAUGAGAAAACUAUUACUUCUCAAGGGAAGCAAGGACAGUUAAAAACCUAUGGUGACAGGGAAACCAAGGGAACUUCAUAUUGUGAGCUUCAGAAUGAAUUCUCUGCUGACUCUUCAAUGAUCAAGUCGCGCCAGAAGAACACUGAUAGGUUUCCUCCAGAAUUUCAACCAGGAGCUGAGGAGUCUUCUAGGAGUCUAAAUUCUAAUAAAAUCAUUGAUGUUCAUAUAAGGGUAGUCUCCAGAAAUGGACGUACAUGCGUGGGAACGCUUGACCGGUCUAACAACGAUAUUACUGGUGAUGAAUACCUGAAUAGCGAUAGCGAUGCCUUAGAUUCGAACAGGAUACCUUCGGCGGAUAUUUUUAAAGUACUUGACUCUCUGAAUCUAAGCACUUCUGCAAUGAAGCCUCGGACUCCUAGAGAGGAGAGACCAAAGGCAAAAAGGGUGCAGUCUGCUGGUUAUACGAGACAGACGGCUGCUGCUCUCAGUGAUAAAACGCCUUUGGUAAAAGGCAGCAAAGAGCCAAGACCACCCUCAGGUAAACGAAUGGGAAAUAGAAAAAAGAAAGAUAAAACUUUAUGUGAGGUAGAAAAUUCGAACACUGUUACUUCCAUGACAACUGGAAGAGCUAAUGACUUGACAAAGCAUGCAAGGGAGAAGUUACCGGGUUAUUUCACUGAGCAGUACAGAAAAAUAUUGGACGAGCAGAAUCGAGAUAGGACUAGUGUUUGUGCCUUGAAGAAGGAAUGUUCAUCGUCCAGCAUCGUGGCUGUGGCAGCGAAAGAAAUGACGAGUAAAGGAAGCGAUAGUGAUAAUGUAAGCGAUAUUGCAUCAGCUAUUAAACUGGGAAAAGAACAUGUAGAAAUGUCAAGUGGCAAGUCUUCCAUAGAAAAGACUCUAUCUUUUUGCGAGAAGCCGGAUAAAGGCUCGAACGGUGAAAAGUCUCCUCGAAGUUCCCAAACAAGUGUGUUUGUGACUAUGGACGAUAAAAGUGAAUAUAGAGGUGUUAACACUUUGGAAGAUAGCAGUUCUGGCGUGGAAACGAUGUCGUGUGUGACAGGUUCAUCUGUUUAUGGUGAUACUAUCGAUAAAAGUAAUUAUAGCACUGAAUUGGGAUGGAGUUCAAGUAAUGAGAACUUAUAUCCUGUGACUGAUGGACAACCGUAUGACGAAGUUGAUGAGUGUACUGAUAGUAUCAUUGAUGACGAUGAUGAUGGCGUUGAUGCUGGUUUUGUUGAAGACUUUGGCAAUGAUUCCACAGAAUUGGAAGUGGUUGCUAAAACGAUGACUUUGUCCGAGUCAAGAUAUGAUGCGAAGAAGAAGCCCAUUGCACCGAUUCCACCCCUUUGCUUCAGUAUUAACGCUAAAGCCCCAGAGGGGCAGUUGUAUUACUUCGCCUAUGGACCAGAAAUGAAUCCCAACAGGAUGGCCAUUUACUUACGUCGAGAGCCUAAGACGCGAUUGUGGGGUAUUUUGUUUGGAUUCCAGAUUCGAUUUAACAAGAGGGGUACAUCUGACGAGGCUGGCGGAUUCCCUAAUAUGGAAUUCUCUCCAGGACACUCGGUUGAGGGAUGUGUGUACGCGAUAACAGACACAGAACUGAAGAUGCUGGAUAACUGCAUGGGUUAUCCUAAGCAUUACACUCGAGUGGUUGUACCGGUUUGGAUGCUGAACUGUGCCAGUCCUUCUGAACACGGUGUAGCUCAGUACUGUAUACCAGCGGUUUCGUAUAUUGCUCAAGAUGAGUGGAUCGUUAAUGAUUCAUCACAAAAGUUGGAGUGUCGCUACAGCGUGAGCCAAUGUUUGAAAGCCUCAGACAUACUAACACCUAACUACGUCAAAUUCUUGACCGACCAAGCAACCACCUAGCACAAGAUGUGGGCCUAGAAUGGAGUAUUGAAUAUCUGACCUCUUUAAACUUUAGUACGAUCUUCUAUAAGCAGUCAGGCGUAUUGAUCCAUACUCGUAUUUCUGUCUAGUACAAUACCUCCAAACAUCACGCACAUGCAUAACUGCCGUCACAACAAAGGUGGGGUGGGGGGGGGGGGUUCACUUCAUCAUUCUGUCUUUGUUUUAGAGACUCGCUGAAACUUCCAAAUUCUCUUCAAAAGAGCUACGUAACGUUAAUGCUAUUCUGAGUUCUUGCGAUAUGCAAAAUGACCUAAAAAUUACCAUUAAGUCCUCGUCAGUCAGUUUAUAUCUAGCAGAUAUCAGUUAACCUUUUCACGAAUUAAGAAAGAAUGUAAUCUUAACGAAAAUACUUUUUACCUGCAGUCGAUUAACAAU